AUGUACUUGCGGCGCCCGGAGCAAGACCUGGUGGCAGGUGUGAAAAGGAAAGAACAUGGUGAAGAUCUUUGGCAGAUGCCAUCCAAGGAUUUGAAACUCAUAGAAGAUGAGCGCAUCUUCAUUGAAAGGUCGAAACUUGCCAUGCGUCAAAAGGGCGUGACCGAUGACACGGUGCAGGGUGUACCCACAUGGGCUUACAAGGACUGCAGCGUCCGGGAUCAGCAAAAGGUGCAUGGGGAAAAGACAUGA